UUGGCGCAAAGUUCUCAGCAUAUAAAUACCGCUAACGCAUCGUUUACAAUCACCAGUCGCUCUAUCGCAUUUCAUACAUACACUACCAGAAACAACCAAAAAUUUAAAAAAAUGGCCGCUAAAUUGAUCAUCUUCGCCGCUUGCGUGGCUUCGGCUCUCAGCCAAUACGCCGCCCCCGCCUACAAGCCAGCGUACGCCGCCGCCCGCUUCCCCGGCGCUUACCCUGCGCCCAAGGCGUACGCCCCCGAACCGGCUUACCCGCCGAAACCGUACAGCUUCGAGUACAGCGUCAACGACCCGUCCACGUACGACGUCAAGAGCCAGUCCGAGUACGCCGACGCCAACGGCUACGUCAAGGGAUCGUACAGCCUGGUCGAGCCCGACGGUUCCACCCGCGUGGUCGAGUACACCGCCGACAACUACGGAUUCAACGCCGAGGUGAAGAAAGUCGGCGGCGAAUACAAAGCCCCGUACAGCGCAGCACCCGCUUACAAGGCCGCCCCGGCGUACAAACCCGCGUACCCAGCACCGGCUGCUUACCCAGCACCAGCCUACCCAGCACCAGCUGCUUACCCGGCACCAGCUUACCCAGCACCGGCCUACAAACCAGCCCCGUACAAGGCGACGGUCGGCUCGAUCACCAGUCACUCGUCUCAGUCCGUUCAGUACCACGACAUUAGCAAAACAAAACCCAUCGCAAUGGCCGCUAAGUUGAUCAUCUUCGCCGCUUGCGUGGCUUCGGCUCUCGGCCAAUACGCCGCCCCCGCCUACAAGCCAGCGUACGCCGCCGCCCCGGCUUACCCUGCACCGGCGGCUUACCCUGCGCCCAAGGCGUACGCCCCCGAACCGGCUUACCCGCCGAAACCGUACAACUUCGAGUACAGCGUCAACGACCCGUCCACGUACGACGUCAAGAGCCAGUCCGAGUACGCCGACGGCAACGGCUACGUCAAGGGCUCGUACAGCCUGGUCGAGCCCGACGGUUCCACCCGCGUGGUCGAGUACACCGCCGACGACUACAACGGAUUCAACGCCGAGGUGAAGAAAAUCGACGGAGGCUACAAGGCCCCGUACAGCGCACCACCCGCUUACAAGGCCGCCCCGGCGUACAAACCCGCUUACCCGGCACCAGCUUACCCCGCACCGGCCUACAAGCCCAGCCCGUACAAACCGUACUGAUUUCACAUUGACAUCUCUCAAUUCCGUUUAUGAAUGAUUAAACUAAAUUAUUAUUAUACUGCAAUAUAUUAUAUUAGUAUUAUGUUAUUUAAAUAAUACUAUAAUAUAUUGUAUUGUCUCGAAUCGUUAGGCCGUGGCCGUUCAAAUUGAACCGCUGCAGAUGCUGUACAGCUGAAACACAAACGCAUGUAUUUAUUUUUGUAAAUAAACGUCUCGACGCAUUUGCCAAACACCA